AGUUUCGUAAUAAACAUGUCUACGUCUCAACUUUUCAGCAAGUUACUAACAAGAGCAAAAGAGACAACCUGUGAAACUUUUUUAUAGCUCAACCACAUCAAACACGAGGAUGAUUCGAUCAAAUAAUGGAGGCCAGAGCACAAUGUAGAUGUAAACAUAUUUUAUACUCUCAGUGUAUAAUCUCCAUAGCGUGAACUCUGGGAAUAACAGCGUGCAAUCGUAAGUUGAUACUCCAUAUUCAAUUGCACGAUAAAUGAAAAAAACGGUGAGUUUUAUCCCCAACACAGACGAUAUUGAAAGAGAUGUAAAAAUCAGUAAAAAGCUAUCAUAUUUACUGCGACAUGGGGCUCACAGGGAAGGUCUCAAUAUAGCAAAAGAUGGUUUUGUACUAGCCAAUGAUAUUUUAUUGAAACUGGAUGGUAUUGGAUUACAAGAUAUCGAAAGAAUUGUUAAAAACGACGAAAAACAGCGAUAUACGUUGAUUAGUGACAAAGUUUGGAAAAUCAAAGCCAAUCAAGGACAUUCGAUCACUACCGUCGACAAUUUGAGUUUAAAACCGAUUAAAACAAACCCUGAUUUUGAUAUAAUACAUGGUACUUAUUAUAAAUAUUGGACGAACAUAAAAUAUCAAGGAUUAUCGCGUGUUAACAGAAAUUAUAUCCAUUUCGCAAAAGGCUUAAAUUUUAUUUGUGGACUAAGACAAAGUGCUGAAGUAUUUAUUUACAUUGAUUUUAAAAAAGCGACUGAUGUAGGAUUAGAGUUUUUCGAGUCAGAGAAUGGUGUAAUACUCUGCAAUGGCAAUCACAAUGGUAUUAUUCAACCGAAAUUCUUUUUGAAAGUCUUAGACAAAGAUCAAAAUCGUAUCUAUUAAAUUAGCCUACUGCAUUAUUAGUUUAAAUGAUCGAUAGUCAUAAGAAAUUACUGCAAAGUAUUAAAAAUGGCUCGACGAUGCGAAAUUUGUUCAUUAGAUUUGAUCGACGAGUACUCAUUUCACGGUCAUUUGUUAGGUAAAAAACAUUUGAGAAAUGUUGAUUUAGAAAAAUU